AUGUCGUUCCCUUUUCCAGGUGGUCAAGCACCUGGCACCAGGGAUGCAGAGGAUGAGGACAAGAAGCCACAGAAGACUGCGCCGGGAGUUGUCCUGGACAAGGAUGGGAAACCUUGUCGAACGUGUACUUCGUCUGCCGCAUGGAUGGCGAUGAUGAAGCAGGGCACGGGCAAAAAGACAAAAGCCGCCGCCGCUCCAGUCCCGCCUCCACGAACCGAAUGCCCGCCGGACGUCGAAGAACUUGGUAGAGCUACGUGGACGCUGCUGCACAGCAUCGCGGCUACGUACCCCGAGGCGGCCCCUCCCGAAACUCAAUCAGUCAUGAAGCAGUUCAUUUCGACCUUCUCCAUGCUCUACCCUUGCUGGGUGUGCGCGGACGAUUUUCGAGACUGGAUGAAAAAGCCCGGGAACGAGCCCAAGGUCAAAGGACAAGACGACCUGGGGACGACCAUGUACUACAACGCCACAGGUAUGAUGGCAAAGAGCGACAAAUACAAAUGA